UACAAUAACGAGAGCACUGUUCUUCUCUCCAGUCGUGGGACCUUUUGUCACACAAACUUGUACUACUGUUCACUCGCAGAAUUUAUCACACAACAACUGUCCCACACAAUGUCUGCGAACCCUGAUUCCGUCGGUAACCAAGGCGAGUUCCGCUCAAGAGUGCCUCCCUCGAGGCCAAUGGAUACCCAUGGCCACCAAAUCGGUCAGCCCAUCGGCAGAGAAGCUAUCCCCGAGUUCCAUGCCAAAACCUACCCGCCCGGCUCGGCGCCCAAAGAGUCAACCUUCUAUCCCAACCCCAUUCAUGAGAUUCCCGGCCAAGCAAUGAACCCAAAUAUGAACCCUUCGCUACGUACAAGUGCUCUCGACAUCCCUGGCGCCGACAGCAAAGAAAUCUACAAUGAGUCCGGUGCUGGUUCCCGCCCGAUCGAAGGCCAGACAGCCAACGAAAUUAGACACGAAAAGGCAAGAAAGACGGAUCGGUUGGGCAUCGCUGCUCAUGGUGGCACAGACACAACUGGCGAUGGUUCGAUCGAGGGGAUUAUGAGAGAGAGGGGCAUGGACCUUCCGGGAGAUAAGGAGAGGAAGGUGCUUGGGAAGGGUAUUUCGGCCACGGAGAGAGAUGCGACAACAUCGGAGGAGAUUGGGUCUGGUGGGAGAGGCUAGUUCAAGGUGCGAGACGUGUCAUGUAUGUUAGAGUGUUGUGAAGACAGA